GCUGGCCCGUCCUCCUCCUCUUUCUCCUCCUCUCCCCCCCAUCCCCCUGCUACUUAAAAGUGCACGUGCAGCUCUGGCCCCUCCAGAUGCUCCCUGGGCGGUGCGGACGCAGCCUGCUAGGCACCUCGGCCCCCCCUGGUGCGGCGCCGCCUGGACCCGGAGAGCAGGUGAGCGCCCGCCUCGCGCUGCCCCUCGCAGGCUGAGCUCCCGGGGCCUCCUUCUGGAAGUGGUGCCAGGAGUAGGACUGAGGAAGGGAAGGAAAGGGCCGUUCCCAAAACAGUCCCAAGGAAGCCCCCUUCCCCACCUCUCCGGUCCCAACAGGAUGAGUGUUCAGAACUUCCAGGACAAUUUUGGAAAUGAAAAUGAGAAGGAGCCAGAUUUCACUUGGGAGGUGAAAGCCAAUGACCGUGCUUACCACAGACAGUUCAAGAAGAAGGUUUUUCUGUGCUGGAACAGAAGGAAGUAUGCGGACAAUGCCAUCAAGACGGCCAAAUACAACAUCCUAACCUUCCUGCCCCUGAACCUCUAUGAGCAGUUUCAUCGAACAGCCAAUCUCUACUUCCUCUUUGUUAUCCUCCUGCAGACCAUCCCAGAGAUUGCUACAUUGCCCUGGUUUGCUCUGCUGCUGCCACUGGGUUGUCUCCUCAUCAUCCGAGGGGCCCGAGACCUGAUGGAUGACAUAGCCCGACAUAGGAGUGACAGGAUGAUCAAUGGCAGAUCCUGUGAAAUUUUGCUGGGGAAAAGCUUCUGCAAGAAGAGAUGGCGGGAUAUCCAAGUGGGUGAUGUUAUCUGUUUGCAGAAAGAUGAUUUUGUGCCGGCUGACCUGCUCCUGUUGGCCAGUUCGGAACCUAGCAGCUUGUGCUACGUGGAAACUGCGGACAUUGAUGGAGAAACCAAUCUGAAGUUCCGCCAAGCCCCGAUCAUCACCCAUAAAGAGCUGGUCAACACGAACAAGAUGGCAGCCUUUGAUGGGAUCGUGGUGUGUGAGGAGCCCAAUAGUCGGAUGCACACAUUUGUGGGGACAUUGGAGUGGAAGGGAGAGAAGCAUUCCCUGGACAGCGAGAAGAUUCUCUUGAGAGGUUGCAAGAUCCGCAAUACUGACAUCUGUUAUGGCCUGGUCAUCUAUGCAGGUUUUGAUUCUAAGAUCAUGAAGAACAGUGGGAAAAUCAAGCUGAAGAGGACCAAGCUGGACCGGCUGAUGAACAAACUUGUCAUUAUUAUAUUCCUGAUGUUGGUGGUAAUCUCUUUUUGCAUGGCGGUGGCCUAUGGCUUCCUAGUGGUGGAUUUCCAGACCAAGCACAGCUACCUGUCUGCCUUCUACAGCAAAUCAUCUGUAGCUAAUGAGGCUUUCCUUAUCUUCUGGGGUUUCAUGAUCCUGCUCAGCAUCAUUGUGCCAAUGUCCCUCUAUAUCACUUUUGAGUUUAUCUACCUGGUUAAUAGCUGCUUCAUCAACUGGGACAUGGAGAUGUACUAUCCCCCCCGGAACAUGCCGGCCAAUGCCCGGAGUACCAGUCUCAAUGACCAGCUGGGACAAAUUGAGUACAUCUUCUCCGACAAGACAGGGACCCUGACCCAGAACAUCAUGACCUUCAAGAAAUGCUGCAUCAAUGGGCUGAUUUAUGGUACAGAUGGAAGUAAUGAGGAAGGCCUGAAGGCUGUCUCUUUGAGCUGGAACAAAUAUGCUGAUGGGAAGAUGGUAUUCUAUGACUCCAAGCUCCUGAUAGCCAUCCAAAAUGAUGAGGAUGAGGUGGUCCGGGAGUUCUGGAGGCUGCUGGCCCUGUGCCAUACUGUCAUGGUGGAGGAGAAGGAAGGCCAACUGGUCUACCAGGCAGCUUCUCCAGACGAGGAGGCUCUGGUGACGGCCGCGAGGAACUUUGGCUACGUGUUUCUGUCCCGGACUCAGGACACCAUCACCACCAACGAGCUCGGGGUGGAGAGAACCUACCAGCUGCUGGCCAUGAUGGACUUUAACAGCGUCCGGAAGAGGAUGUCCGUGCUCUUGAGAGAUCCCGAAGGUACCAUCCGACUGUACACCAAAGGAGCAGACACCGUGAUAUUUGAGCGGCUUCGGCCAGGAUGUCCUAAUGAGCUUGCGACUGAGAAGGCCCUGGAUACCUUUGCCGAAGACACGCUCCGGACCCUCUGCUUAGCCAGCAAGGAAGUAGAGGAGGAAGUCUAUCAAGAAUGGAACAAGAGACACCACGAGGCCAGUGUCCAGCUGCAGAACCGGGCCCAAGCCAUGGAUAAAGUGUAUGAGGAGAUGGAGAAGGACCUUAGGCUCUUGGGAGCCACAGCCAUUGAGGACAAACUGCAAGAUGGUGUACCUGACACCAUCCACCUCCUCAAGAAAGGGAAUAUAAAAGUGUGGGUAUUGACUGGAGACAAACAAGAGACUGCUGUGAACAUUGGGUUUGCCUGCCGACUCUUAUCUGAUGAUAUGGAGAUUCUGGAGGAAAAGGAAAUCUAUGGAAUGCUUGAGGCAUAUUGGGAGAGCAACAACAACCUGAGAGGUGCCCAAGACUCUGGUCCAAGGCUCCCGAAACAACAGAGCAAGAUGGCCCUGGUGGUCACUGGAGACUUCUUGGACAAGCUGCUGCUCCGGGCCGGGGAGGAGCAGCCCCAGACCACUAGGAAGCACAGCUGGCUGGCUCGCCUGGUCAGGCCCAGGGGGGUCCAGCACUCCCAGGAGGACCCGGCGAGCCGGCGCGAGCGAGCCUUCGUGGACCUGGCCUCCCAGUGCCAGGCUGUCAUCUGCUGCCGGGUGACCCCCAAGCAGAAGGCCCUUAUCGUCCAGCUGGUCAAGAAGUACCAGCGAGUGAUCACGCUGGCCAUCGGGGAUGGCGCCAAUGACGUCAACAUGAUCAAGACGGCUGACAUCGGGGUGGGGAUCAGUGGGCAGGAGGGCAUGCAAGCGGUCCAGUGCAGCGACUACGCCCUGGCCCAGUUCUGCUACCUGCAGCGGCUGCUUCUGGUGCACGGCCGCUGGUCUUACCUGCGCAUUUCCAAGUUUCUCCGCUACUUUUUCUACAAGACCUUUGCCAGCAUGAUGGUCCAGAUCUGGUUCGCUUUCUACAGCGGCUUCUCGGCUCAGCCACUAUAUGAGGGUUGGUUCCUGGCUCUCUACAAUAUCUUCUAUACAGCUUAUCCUGUGCUCUCCAUGGGUCUUCUAGAACAGGACAUGAGUGCUAAGAAGUGCUUGGAGUUCCCUGAGCUCUACAGUGUGGGGCAGAAGGACCAACUUUUCAACUACUGGGUCUUCUUUGUGGCCCUGGCCCACGGCACUGCCACAUCACUGGUGAAUUUCUAUGUGGCUCUGUGGGCCUUUGAUGACAUAGCGGGGCCUGGAGGCAUCUGUGAUUAUCAGUCCUUUGCUAUCACUGUGGCCACAUCUGCCCUACUCUCGGUCAUUGCUGAGAUUGCCAUGCAAAUCAAGUUCUGGACCAUCCUGUCCAUCGUGGCAGUUUCUUCCAGUGUGGUCCUCUACUGUUUGAUGUCUUUCCUCACUCAGAACUUCACUGCCUUCCGAGUGGCCCCCACCGUUUUCCGAUUUCCUUAUGCCAACCAAAAUGCCCUGACAGAACCAUAUAUCCUGCUGGUGGUACUGCUGACUGUGGUCAUAAACACCAUGCCCUCCCUGGCUGUCCGUCUCCUGUGCCACAUCACUGCUGAGCCUGAACCUGGGAAAUCUUACCAAGACACUCGAGUGAAAGUCAGCACAGUGGAACUCAAGAGCCACUUCCAGAGGAACUCGGUCCGCCGCUCUAGCUAUGCCUUCUCCCACAAGGAGGGCUACGCCGAUCUCAUCGUUCGGGGAGCCAGCAUUUGUGGCAAGACCCCUCAAGAACCCCACCCCAAACAGGACCCCUCACCUCACCCACGGACAAACAUAAAAGUCAAAGAAUCACCCUGACACCCAUUCUGCUCCCCUCGUGUUUUAUAUAAGACUUUUCAGCCUACCAACUCUGGGAUGCUUUUAAGAAUCCCCCAUUCAAAAAAAAAGGUUUUGGGGGGGAUGGCCCCACCACAAAACUACUGCUUUAUUGCUCUUAAUACAACAGUGACCUCUCUUGGCAACAUGGGGAAUGGCAAGAAGGUGAAAGAAUACCUCGAAGCCUAAAGGGGGAAGAGGGUACAGUCCUACAAAAGCCUCUUUUUGUGGCCUACCCUCGGUCUAGCCCCUGUCUCCAGUGCCAGUUCGAUGGUUGCCAAGAUGACUGGCUUUGGCCAAAGCCCCAUUUCAUAACUUCUCUCGGACGUGGGAGCAGGGAGGGAUUUUCCACUUCCCUCUGGUUUAAACUUUAUCUCACUUUUGUACCUGGUAGUCUCCUUUGGAGGAGUGGGAUGGGUCCCCUUGCUCCAUUUACCUUUGUCCUUAGGGGAUCUAUGGCAGACUGCUAUCCAGAUAGAAGAGAAUCCUGAAGAUCAGGGAGGAACCAGGAAUGCUGCCCAUAUGGCCUUUUUUUAGGAGGGUAGCAGGCUACUCCAACAUAAAGUAAGAAUUAAGUGUUGGAAAAACACUUAAGCAUUUCCAGUUGCAGAUGAGGAAACAGACUCCAGAAGUCAAAAGAGCUUUAUUCAGACACACAACUGCAAGGAGAAUUCAGAUCUUUCAGGAUUUGAGGGAGUCUUUUGCUAUAGUACUCUUCCCUCAUAGUAUAGGAAAAGAGCCUUGGCUUUGGGAGGGGUCUGGAUUAUAGUUCCUACUUCGGCCACCUGAGGACCCUGUUACUUCCCUUCCCUCAGUUUCCUUAUCUGGAAAUUGAGAAGUUUGCAGCAAAUGGCUUCUGAGGGUCCCCUUCCUGCCCAAAGUUGAUGCUGUUAUGACAUAGCAGAAUGACCCCUCUCUCUGUCCAAGCUCUUGAAUACCACAGAAUUUGGACCCGGAAAGGAUUUGGGGGUGGUUAUCUUAGUCCACUUCAUUUUUCCUAUGGGGAAGCUGACGCGCAGAAAGAAACAACGAAUUAGUGUCAGAGUUAGAAUUUUAAUCCAGAUCAUCAGACGCCAAAACCAUGCGACCUUUUCUCUCAGUGACAGAGUCUACUGAAAUUGGAUAUGUCAGCCUACGAGGCCCUACUCCUUGCCUCAAUCCUGAUCACCAUGGGAGGCUCUCAGGACUUUACUGGACAGCUGCCUUUUCUCCUCAACUCCCUUCUUAGUGCCACAUACCUACCUGGAAAAGCCCUAGAAGGCCAGGGCUUGGGUGUCCUCAGGUUCAGGGCCCCAGGGAUGGAGGGUCUUUAAGCUGGAGAUUAAAGUACAAUGCGGCAAAUGUCAAA